AUGCAAACAAUUCAUUGUCUUGCUUUUAUAAUUUCGUUAUUUGCGAUUGCUCAAACAUCAGCAAUAACAUUAAAUACUGGUCUGGGUCAAUGUUUAAGCGAUUUAGCAACGCAAGAACUUACUGUUUCAUAUAAUUAUCUUCAAUUAUCAUCAAAAUUUGGUACCUCUAGUGCUUAUCCUGGUUUUUCAAGUUUAUUUAUUAAAUUAAGUGAUAAUGAUUCAUCCAAAGCUCAUGAUCUUGUUAAAUUUAUUGCUUUACGUAAAGCUCAACUUAAUCGAUUAAUUCAUAAAGAUGGUGUUAAAAUUCGUAAUGAUUUAUCUAGUACACUUGACAUUUCACAAGGUUUAACGGAAGCUCGUCGUCAAAAUAAAGAUGUAUGGAAAGAAGUUGUUCGUUGUCAUCAAGAAGCUGAUAAUGCUAAAGAUGCUAAUGUACAAGAUUAUCUUGAAUCCCAUUUACUUGAUCAUCAUAUUGAAGUUGAUAAACUUCUAAGUGAUAUUGAACAUCGUAUCAAUGAUGUUCAAGUAUCUGACAGAAAAUUAACAAUAUUUAUGAUCGAUGAAGAACUUCUAACAACAUACGGUGAUCGUCGUAAAGAUAUUUUUUCAUAA